AUGGCGGCAAAACUAAAGAUCGAACGAAGAAUCCAGCAGAAGGACCAGAAAAAGCAGAUACAUCACGAUAAAGAACACUUGUGGCGACUGGAGAUAAAAAGGGAAAACCAUUUGAAGCCAGAAGAUGAUGAGGAUGUACGUCCACUGUUUCACUGCUAUAGUAUGUUUGGGAUAAAGACCGCAUUGGUUGUUCUUGUCUUGGUGUGUGUGGUAGUGUUGGACCAGGUCUACACCUAUCCUAUCAAAAAUUCAGAAAAAGCUCCAGACACGGCCAAAGAUUCAGAAAAUCUGAAAAAAGGAUCGGAGCUGGACGCUGGAACAAAGAAAAAGGUUUUAAGACCUCUCUUGAAGCGAUGUCUUACGAAGAACUCGCGCGAUAAAAAGCUUGGCCAAUUUUACGUUGAAGCGAGAAAUAAAAAUGGCGAAUCCUAUAGUCGCGCAUCACUUCUUUCCUUGAGAAAUGGCAUCGAGAGAUACCUCACCAGCCCUCCACAUAGCCGGCCAAUAAAACUAAAUAAAGAUCCUCGCUUCGUGCUUUCAAAUAAAGUUCUAGAUGCCAGCAUUAAACAACUUAAAAAAGAUGGGAAAGAAAACACAACACACAAGCCCCCUAUCGAGCAGCAAGACAUGGAAAAGCUUAAAAACAGCAAUGUGYUCCUACCUUCCAAUCCUCAGUCACUUCUAAACAACGUCUGGUUUCAUGUCUCCCUUUAUUGGUGCAGACGAGGAAGAGAAGGGCAGCGAAGCUUGACAACCAKCAGCUUCACGUUUGAAAAAGACGGCGACGAGAAAGAGUACGUUACGAUGACACAUGAUGAGAGUACAAAAAAUCACCCCGGAGGUCUCAAUGAUGUACAAAGUUUUGAGAAGUAUGGAAGGAUGUACAAGACAGAARCACCAACAGACGGAUAUUCUUCAUUGCAGUUUUACUUGUCAAAAGUCAACCCAGCUUGCACAGCUCUAUUUCAGUAUCCAAAGCGAAAUUGGCGUCCCACUGAYAGCGWAUGGUAUGAAAACCGUCCCCUCGGUGCCAACAAGCUUUCAAAGAUGAUGUCUACCAUAAGUGAGGGAGCACGUUUGUCCAAAAUUUAUACCAACCAUUCAGUCCGAGCAACUGCAAUAACCUUAUGGUCAAGAGCCGGUCUACCAGAUCGUGAGAUAAUGGCGAUUUCUGGUCAUCGCUCUGAAUCUUCUUUGAAAAGCUACCACAGUCGCCCUUCCUCCCUUCAGCUAAGAGAAUGCAGUGAUGUUUUGUCAUCAGCUAUUGGCGAAAGAAUCAACACUACUCUUCAGUCGAGAAAUCCGUGUACAAGCACAGUUAGGUGGAAAAAUUCUCGCCAAGAAUCCAUCGAAGAAGAGCGUAGUGGCAUGUUUGCUGGCUGCACAUUUCACGGCAAUAUGCAGAUUAAUCAUUAUUACAGCCGUUAACUUUUGACUCUUGACUAUUUUUCUCAUUUUGCUGAUAAAUUCUCGAUAUUUUUUACGAGAAAAAGUUCGAAAACAAUCCAUUUUCAGAUCAUUGCAAGCAAUUAAUUGAUCAUAAUUUGUACAGUUGAUCGAAGUUUGUAAAUUUCAAACAAGCGAUUUGAUUGGUUGACUCAUGAUUGUAAUGAGAAUUAAAA